AUGAAUCUACGUAUCGCUUCGAACCUCGCGCGAAAUGCUCCUUCCUUCGUUAAAAAUAGGUUCGGUCCGUACUUGAUCUAUCGAAAUAUCAGUAGAAGUUAUCCAUUACUCUCUUCCCCACCUAACUGCUUUCCAAAACCAUUCUAUGUUACCACCCCAAUAUUUUAUGUCAAUGAUGCACCUCACAUUGGCCACCUCUAUACGAUGAUUCUCGCGGACAUAUUCAAAAGAUGGAAUAUCCUAAAAGGAAACGCUGCGAUUUUGUGCACAGGUACAGACGAACAUGGAAUGAAAGUACAGCAAGCAGCUAGUAGAGCUGGAGCUCUCCCAAAGGAAUUUUGUGAUUCAAUGUCUGAAACAUUCAAAGUAUUGGCCGAGAAAGCAAAGAUAACAAACGACCAUUUUAUCAGAACAACAGACCCUGUUCACACCAACGCAGUGCAGUAUUUCUGGACCAUCUUGAAAGAUAAAGGCUUAAUAUACGAAUCUAAACAUGAAGGCUGGUACUGUAUCAGUGAUGAGACAUUUUAUCCAGAAAAUACGAUAGAGAAGCGAAUAGAUCCACUUACUGGAAGAACCUUUAUGGCAUCACAAGAAACCGGAAAAGAAGUCGAAUGGACUUCCGAGAGGAAUUAUCACUUUCGACUGUCUAGUUUCAAAGAGCCACUUUUAGAGUUCUACAAAAGUAAUCCAAAUUUCAUAGUUCCGGCGGAAAGAAUGAAAGAAGUCGUGGCUGCCGUUUCUACUGGGCUACAGGAUCUGUCCAUCUCUAGGCCAACUGAUAGACUCAACUGGGGCGUGCGGGUUCCGGACGAUGAGAGUCAGUGCAUUUAUGUAUGGCUCGACGCCCUUGUCAAUUACAUCACCGCGGCCAAAUUUCCUUGGCCACCAAAACACCAACAGAUCGGAGGAUGGCCUGCAAAUCUACAUGUGAUCGGAAAAGAUAUAACUAGGUUUCAUUGUAUAUAUUGGCCUGCGUUCCUACUUGCGGCCGGUCUUAAACCACCAAAACAAAUCUUAACGCAUGCUCAUUGGACGCUAGGGAAACAAAAAAUGGCUAAGUCAACUGGAAAUACAGUUAAUCCUUUUUUCGCUAUGGAUAGAUUCGGAGUAGAUGUAAUUCGUUAUUAUCUCGCCCAUGACGGAGGUAUUCUGAACGACUCUGACUACGGAAAUCAAAACGUCGUCGUAAGGUACAAAAAAGAUCUUGAAGGUGGGAUAGGCAAUCUUUUGUUCCGUCUAACACGGCCUCUGGCUUGGAAUGUACGGUAUUGUGUUAAAAAAUUUGAGAACAAAACAAUUGGCUCUCACUUGCGACUGGAAUACGCCGAAAGUAUGGAACAAAAACAAUUACUACAAGAACUCUUCGGCAAAGUAAGCAUAGAAAUGGAGAAACUUAGCGUUAAAGAUGCAUUACGACAUAUUAUGAACGUUGUUUACAAUACAAACACUUACUUCCAGCAAACCAAGCCUUGGGAGCUUGUAAAAUCUCAGACAUCUCUAGGAGAGCUUGAAAAAUCAGUUGAGGCCUCAAAGAAUGUUGUCGAAAUCAUUUACCUUUGCGCUGAAGCUCUACGAAUAGUUGGUAUUCUUAUGCAGGCAUAUAUGCCCGACAAGGCGAAGGAAUUACUCGACAUUCUACAUGUGGAUGUAGAAAGACGUUCAAUCAAGUUCGCAAAGUUUGGGAAAGACUUCACAUAUGGAAAUACAGAGCCAACAAAAAAGAGUCAAAUGCUGUUUCCUCCACUACCAGUAGAAAAUUAA